GUUACUUUUUAUUAUAAAUAUCAUGAUGAGACCAACACUCUAAUCAAAAUAAAUAUAAUUUGAAUUAUUGAUUAUUGGGUUUCUUUGCUUUUGAUGCUUUUUCCAUUUUAUUUCCCAAAUCCCCACUAUUAUCAAGAUACUUAUCUCCUUCCUCUGUUGUUUGCCGACACUCUGGUGCCAAGUGAAUGUUGUAUUUGGUUCCUAUUUAGGUGCAAACUAGAUUGAUUUUAGCUAACUACUCACCAUUAUAGCCUUUUCUACCAUGGCUAUGAUAGGUCCAUUUCAGUGGCAUACAAUUGUAAAAUUAUCUUGAUUUUAGGUGGUUGUAGUAGGAAUUGUGGAGGAUUUCAAAAGCACUGAAAUCUAUGUAGAGCCCUUUGUGCAGAUUUCAUGUGCGACCAGUGCGAGGGAAUUGCCCCGGUUUUUGGAAAACAAAACAUCCAUCAGCAUUAAACGAGGUCCAAAUAUAUCUCCUUUAGUUUGUUGUUGAAUCCUACCGUAUCCCAACCACCUGUGAAGAUGUCGGACUCAAUCGAUCGGGUGUUUGUAAAAGCCAUCACCACCAUCAGGGCGUUAUCGUCACGGUCGAACCACGGCUCGUUGCCCCGUCCCCCCGCAGAGAGCAGAAUGAAGUUAUACGGGCUUUAUAAGCAAGCCACUGAAGGUGACGUUGAAGGAAUCAUGGCUAGACCCAUUGGGUUUACCUUAGAGGACGAAGGGGCAAAGAAGAAAUGGGACGCUUGGAAGCGCGAGCAGAGCUUGAGCAAGACAGAAGCAAAGAGAAGAUACAUCUCGUAUCUUAUAGAUACCAUGAAGGUUUAUGCCAGUGGAACCAUAGAAGCACGAGAAUUAUUAAGUGAAUUGGAGUACCUUUGGGAUCAGAUCAAAGACUUAGAGUUCAGCCCUGAGGAAGAGUUGGAACAUAUCCCCAAUAUUCCGUUUCCAACCCAUUCACCCCUGUUUUCUCAAGCAGACCAAUCUGACAGGUACUCUACCGGUACCCCUUUACCGUUACCUAGUAACUACUCCAAUCCUGCCAAGAGCAAUCUCCACAAAAUAUACUCGCACUCUCGAAGAUCCACGAUGUUGAACAUCAACGACUACGUCCAGCAGCAAAGACAGCAACAACAACAGCAGCUGCAGCAUCUCAAUAAACGGACAACUGGUUCGGUAUACUCAUUAACUCAUGAUCCGUUGGCUCAGUCCGAUCGUCUUGGUCUCUCGUUGCAAUCCUUACCCAACAACCCUGGCAAUUCGAACAUCACACCUGCCUCAAUGGAAGACUUCAAGAAUUGGCAAGGAGAAAUCAACCUUAUCAUCAACAAGCUCUCACGAGAGUUCGUUAAUAGGCGAUCCCGGAACUUUUCUCCCAGUGAAUCGGAUCUUAGUGAUUACCUGUUGGAUCCUAGAGCAAGAAUGAAGAGAAGACUCCUUCACUUGCUUAGAAUCAUUGGCAGUAAUGCGUUCAAGGUCCUCAAAAGCUUUUCAAUCAGCGCGUUGACAAUCAUGUUUAUUGUUUGGUGUUUCAAGAAAAACGUUGUGGUGCAAAGAACUAUUGUGCGGAAACCUCUGGCCAAUUCUUCGAGAGAGACCGAAGAGUUGGUGAUCAAUAUGAUCUUAAACACCAACGAAAAUAAAUGGUUUAUAAGAAUGCUUUCAUUCCUCAACAGCUUUGUUGGCUUUGUUUGACUGGAACCUCGUUACGAAUAUACUAUAAUAAUCAUGAUCUUUUGUAGAUAUAUAUCUAUGUAGGCAUGAAUCGAUGCGCGCACACG